AUGAUGAAGUUUCCGGUUGAUUUCAAGACUUUUUUCUGCUCUCUCCUACUGGUCGGAUUCUUGUUAAAUUCUGUAAUUUGGUAUGGAUGGUUGCUGGAUUUCUUUGUAACCAAGGAACCCAACCAUUAUUCAACAAAAUUGAAAUCAGAAUUACACUAUGGAGUUCCUAAAAACAACGACUACCAUACGGGGGCAUGUCAGAUUCCGCACCUCGAUCCUUUUGAACCUACCAUUAAAAAAUUCAUAAAAGUAAAAAAACAUUAUCAAUGUAAAAAAUGGAAUAUUCUUGCGUACCAGAAACAUUUGCAAAUAGUAGUCAAUAAAACUGCUAUCGAGAGGCACUAUAAAAUAUUUUCAAAAUGUGUUUAUCAACCAUACGUGAAAGCAAUAGGUACCGACAGGCGAAGCAUGUUUUUGAAAAACAAAUUUCUUAAUUUUUCCGAAUUGAUCAAUGUCACCGACGAAUUUUGUUUGGUUCGUUGUUUCGGUACAAACAACACACUUCUUACAGAGCAACAUUUUGCUUUUGUUGUCAGAAACGAAACUUUAGUUAAUUCAAGAAAUAAAGUUAGAUCUACAAUCCAAGAUACCGGUACGAUGGUGAGAAGACCUAUGAAUGUGGUUAUGAUAGGACUAGAGUCGACUUCUCAUAUGAACUUUAUCCGCCAUAUGAAUUUCACUCGGAGUUUCCUUACAAAGACCAUGGGUUCCGUUGACCUUUUAGGGUAUAACAAAGCGGGACUGAAUACAUAUCCGAACAUACUUCUUAUGCUAUUGGGUAUUACAAAAGAAGAACUGAACGAUACCAAAGGGUUUUUUGAUAAUUAUCCUUUUAUCUGGAAGGAUUUCAUGAAAGCUGGUUAUGUUACCUUCAUGGGUGAGGAUUCCUCAGAUAUUGCUACCUUCCAUUAUCUAAAAAAGGGUUUCCAUUCCGCCCCUGUAGAUUAUUAUUUGCGACCGUUUGUUAUGGGACUAGAAACUUCUAGAAUGAGAAAUGGACUCUGCUCAGGAAACUCAUUGAUUCUACAGUCGAUAUUUGACAAAUUGGCAGCUUUUAUCACAACAUACCAACAUGUUCCCCAUUUUACAUUUACAUUUGUAACCAACCCUUCACACGAUAACCCCAACGGAGUAGGUGUGGUUGACCUUCCACUGACCAGGACAUUGACUGAUUUAAACGCACGUGGUCUACUUGACAAUACAGUACUAUUGAUAUUUGGUGACCAUGGCAGCAGAUACGGACAGAUUAGGAAUACGUAUCAGGGUCGCUUGGAGGAACAUUUGCCUGCAUUUUAUGUUUCUCUACCCCGUUGGUUUCGUAGAGAACAUCGUAAUUUAUACGAAAAUCUAAAAGAAAAUAGAAACAAGCUUACAAGCAAUGUAGAUGUGUUUGCAACCUUACACGACAUCCUUGAACUUGGCAAAGGUCACAUGACCCCAAGAGUUGCUGGGAAAUAUGGAACCAGCCUCCUUCGGAAUAUCAGUACAAACCGGACUUGUGAUGAUCUGAAAAUACCCACGAACUUCUGCAUAUGUAAAUCUAUUCCCGAGUCGUAUUCUACUAACACUAGCAUAGUUCAUGAAAUUUCGCAAUGGAUUGUAAAAAACAUCAACUUGAUUCUUAAGGACGUGCAUCGUAUGUGUUCAAAUUUGAAACUGAAUAUCAUUCAUAAUGCGUGGAGAUCAUUGUUCAAACCUCAUAACACAGGUAACGUUAAUACCGAGGGAGAAUAUGUGAUUCAAUUCAAUGUCGUACCAAGUUUUGCCGAAUUCGAAGCAACAGUUCGGUACUAUAAAAAACAAUUCCUUCUUCUUGGAGACAUUUUGCGAUUGAAUAAAUACAGCGGACAAUCUGAUUGUGUUUUACAUCAUAAGAAUGCAUCGGUUUUAGAAAGAUAUUGCUAUUGUAAAUAA